GCUCGCUCGUCGACGCCCCCAGCUAACAAGCAAGCCUCUCGCUAGUUAGCUAAUCGUCACCCCUCGAGCUUCCCGACGCGCGCUCCCGCAACCUGCUCGACCGGCGGGGAUCCGAUCUCGAUCGCCCCGCUCCCCCGGCGGAGAUGAGCCACGACGGCCCCGGUAGCUCCGCCGGCGCCGGCGCGGGCGUGGACGCGCUGUCGCUGGACCUGCUCGCGCACGCGCUGGCGGGCGUGCGCGACCCGCGGGACCGCAAGUCGUGCCGCCUCGCCAGCCGCGCCUUUGCGCGCGCCGAGGCCGCCUCGCGCCGCGCCGCGCGCCCGCUCCGCCGCGAGGCGCUGCCCCGGGUCCUGCGCGCCUUCCCGGCCCUCGCCGCGCUCGACCUCUCCGCCUGCGCGGGGCUCGACGACGCCUCCCUCGCCGCCGCGCUGCUGCCCGCGCCCGGCGGCGCCGAGCUGGGCGUGCGGCGGGUGCGGCUGGCGCGCGCGAGCGGGGUCGGGUGGCGCGGCCUGGAGGCGCUGGUGGGGGCGUGCCCGAGGCUGGAGGCCGUCGACCUGUCCCACUGCGUCGCCGCCGGGGACAGGGAGAUGGCCGCCCUCGCCGCGGCGGCGGGGCUCAGGGAGCUGGUCAUGGACAAGUGCCUUGGCGUCACCGACGUCGGGCUCGCCAAGGUCGCCGUCGGGUGCCCCGGGCUGCGGAGGCUCAGCGUCAAGUGGUGCCGCGAGAUCUCCGACAUUGGCAUCGAGCUGCUCGCCAAGAAGUGCCCCGACCUCCGCAGCAUUGACAUCUCCUACCUCAAGGUGAGCAAUGAAUCCCUUAGAUCGCUCUCCACUCUUAAGAAGUUAGAGGACAUAGCAAUGGUUGGCUGCUUGUUUAUAGACGAUGAUGGCCUACAAAUGCUAAGCGCAGGCAACUCGCUGCAGAGUAUUGAUGUAUCAAGGUGUCACCACGUGACUUCUCAGGGCUUAGCUUUACUCAUAGACAGUCAAAGGUUUAUCCAAAAAAUAAAUGCUGGACACAGUUUGCAUGAGAUAGAGACUUGCUUCCUAUCCAAGUUAUCAACAAUAGGCGAGACUUUGACUGUUUUAAGACUCGACGGCCUUGAAAUCUUUGCCUCAAAUCUUCAGGCCAUCGCUGACAGCUGCAAGAACCUGGCUGAAAUUGGGCUCAGCAAAUGCAAUGGUGUUACAGAUGAUGGUAUCGCUUCACUUGUUGUCAAUUGCAGCUACCUAAGGACUAUCGACGUCACAUGUUGCCAUCUUCUUACAAAUGAUGCCCUUGCUGCAAUCGCCGAGAACUGUAGAAUGGUUGAAUGCCUCCGGUUGGAGUCCUGCCCUUUUAUAAAUGAGAAGGGACUAGAGCGAAUCGGAACCCUCUGCUCCAAUCUUAAGGAGAUUGACCUUACUGAUUGCCGCAUUAAUGAUGAGGCUCUGCAGCACUUAACAAGCUGCUCAGAACUGCAAAUCUUGAAGCUUGGCCUCUGCUCGAGCAUUUCUGAUAAAGGCCUUGUUUACAUCGGUUCAAACUGUGCAAAGCUUGUGGAACUUGAUCUAUACCGUUGCAGCGCUAUUACUGAUGAAGGGCUGGCAGCUUUAGUGCGUGGCUGCAAGAAGAUCAGGAUGCUAAACCUACGCUACUGCACCCAAAUCACCGAUGCUGGUUUGAAGCACCUAAGCACUCUGGAAGAGCUCACAAACCUCGAGAUGAGGUGCCUGGUGCGCAUCACAGGCAUCGGGAUCACAUCCAUAGCCGUUGGUUGUCCUAGCCUGAUAGAACUGGACCUGAAGCGCUGUUACUCCGUGGAUGAUGCUGGCCUCUGGGCUCUUUCAAGAUACUCCCAAAAUCUCAGACAACUUACCAUAUCCUACUGCCAAGUCACUGGCCUGGGACUGUGCCAUCUGCUGGGCACCCUGAGGUGCCUCCAGGACGUGAAGAUGGUCCACCUCUCCUGGGUCUCCAUCGAGGGGUUCGAGAUAGCGCUGCGAGCCUCCUGUGGGAGGCUCAAGAAGCUGAAGCUGCUGGGCGGGCUGAGGUCUGUGCUCUCUCCAGAGCUCCUCCAGAUGCUGCAGGCCUGUGGAUGCCGUGUCAGGUGGCUCGACAAGCCCCUCGUCUACAAGGGAUGAGCUUUGAACCCAGUUGGCAAAUCGAUCGAUCAGUCAUCCUUCUGGCUACAGACUAGAGAAAGAGGAUGAUCAGAAACUGGAAGUGCUGAUGGCUGUAACACUUGUCGUGCAAUGUUAUGUGUAAACUUUCAGAGUUUCGAUGGUAUGCUGACUGUCCAUGCUGAAAAAUCUCUGUACUGGAAUUUUGGGGCCAAACUUUGCGAGAGCAUCUGCUGCUGAAUUCAAAGUUUACCCCUUUUGGGGCCAGUU